GCUAGAGCCGCUGGGUGUGGAGUACGCCGGACUGGUGGAGAGGCCACGUCUGGUGUGAGCGGGUCUGAUCAGGCUCGUGUGGCGCUGAAGGGCCAGCCCUAGGUCUGGGGGAGAGAGUCUCUUCUGUGAGACCGCCUUCCCUGCCCGGCCCCUCCCAGUUCCCCCAGCGACAGCCGCUUCCUGGUCCCCGUCGCAACCAUGGCUGAAGAACAACCUCAGGUCGAAUUGUUCGUGAAGGCUGGCAGUGAUGGGGCCAAGAUCGGAAACUGCCCCUUCUCCCAGAGACUCUUCAUGGUGCUCUGGCUCAAGGGAGUCACUUUCAAUGUCACCACUGUUGACACCAAGAGGCGGACUGAGACAGUACAGAAGCUGUGCCCAGGAGGGCAGCUCCCUUUCCUGCUGUAUGGCACCGAAGUGCACACAGAUACCAACAAGAUUGAGGAAUUUCUGGAGGCAGUGCUGUGCCCUCCCAGGUACCCCAAGCUGGCAGCUCUGAACCCUGAAUCCAACACAGCUGGGCUGGACAUAUUUGCCAAAUUCUCUGCCUACAUUAAGAAUUCAAACCCAGCACUCAAUGACAACCUGGAGAAGGGGCUCCUGAAAGCCCUGAAAGUAUUAGACAAUUACCUGACGUCCCCUCUCCCAGAUGAAGUAGAUGAGACCAGUGCUGAGGAUGAGGGCAUCUCUCAGAGGAAAUUUCUGGAUGGCAAUGAGCUCACUCUGGCUGACUGCAACCUGUUGCCCAAGCUCCACAUAGUACAGGUGGUAUGUAAGAAGUACCGGGGAUUCUCCAUUCCGGAUGUGUUUCGUGGAGUGCAUCGAUACCUGCGCAAUGCCUAUGCUAGGGAAGAGUUUGCUUCCACCUGUCCAGAUGAUGAGGAAAUCGAGCUGGCCUACGAGCAAGUGGCCAAGGCCCUCAAAUAAGGCCCUUCCUAGGGCCCCCUGGCACCCCCCUCCAUUUUCUCCACAAAGGCCCUGGGUGGUUUCCACAUACUACCCAACGGACACACUCCAAAAUGGCCAGUGAGCAUAGCAUCCUGGAGCACCUGUGUAGGGCUUGCUGGGGGCAAUGAGAAGCAAGGAUGGGGGAUCUGCGAGAGAUUUUUAUUGUGGGGUGGGUUGUAUUUCAGUAAUAAAAUAUAGAAUGACAA